AUGUUCUCUCAAUAUAACCCUAAUUCACCAACUCAUCAAGCAUAUAUUAAUUACAAGAUUGAUUACCACAACCAACCCCACGAUACCAUCAUGGUCACUCCAAUGCCUACCCUCGAAAAGGGAAACAAUUCCACACUCCUAAAUGAAUCUGACAUUGACGGUAUCAACAAGCAGAUAGAAAAAACGAGAAAGCACGUUGAUGAUCUGAAUGGAAUGUUGAAAGAAUCCAGUGUACCAUUUACAAAUGAUGAUUUUUGGUGUAAAUAUUCACCUCAAAUACCACUCCAAAAGUUGAUUGUUGAGGAGAUUGAUGAGGGAGAUUUGCCUGGUCUUGAAGCACCUUUCUCAGAAGAAGUUCCACUCGAUAGGGGAUCUGAUCCAAUUCUUGAAAAGAUUGAAAACCAUCGUUCAGCACUAAAUACUUCUCGAAGCAGUUUGAACAAAUCAGCCCUUAAGAACGAUCCAUCCUAUGAUAACACUGAUUCAUUUGAAAUUGAAGGAGAAGGAAUUUACACUGGUCAACAUUUCGAUUUUAUUCCAAAUGGUGCAGGAACAUUAACUGGCUACAAUGGAAAUGUAGUGACAUGCAACUUUGUAGAUGGAAAAGCCAAUGGUGCAGGUAGUCAAAUCUUCAAAGAUGGCUCCAUGUACAAAGGAACUUUUGUCAAUGGAAUGAAACAUGGAAAGGGUGUUUUAAAAACCUCCUCCAACAAAUAUAAAGGUGAAUGGAGAGAUGACAAGAAGGAAGGAAGUGGAGUCCUACUGUACAGUAAUAGCGAGUCUUAUGAGGGAGAAUUCUCCAAUAACUUUCCUCAUGGAAAAGGAAGAUAUAUUUUCAAGGACCAAUCAGUUUAUGAGGGUGAAUUCAUUGAAGGUAAAAGACAUGGUCUUGGAGCGCUGUACUAUAGUGAUGGAGUAACUGUCUAUGAAGGAACAUGGGAAAGAGACAGAAAGUUUGGCCAAGCUAAAAUCAUUCUCUCCAACGGAAUAUAUGAAGGCAGCAUUGUGAAUGAUGUUAAGGAAGGAUAUGGAGUGUACAGUUAUAAGAAUGGUGAUGUCUAUGAGGGAAAUUGGAAACAAGAUAAGAAACAUGGUGAGGGAAUUUAUUACUUUGCCAAUGGUGGUUGCUUUAAGGGAAAGUGGGACUAUUCUAAAAAGCACGGAAGAGGUAUCAUCUCAACGAGUGAUGGUACCAACUAUGAAGAGAUUUGGAGUAUGGACAAGCUAAUAUCCAAGAAGAGAUUACCUAUCUUUUUAAAUCCUAAUCUUUUGUGA